UAAAAAUGAUUCAUUCUCUGGAGAUUAUUUCUGGCAGAAUAGUGAAUUCUUGAAAUAGAGAAAACUGGAAACAUAACACUUACUUUGUAUCUUAUGAACUCUAAAUGCACUUAGACGGCUGCACAACAAGUCAGAGCUCAGGCGAACGCUUUUAUUGCCAGAAGAAGGGGCUGGACCUGAUAUGUUACUUCUGCAUAGCAUGGAUCUUAAUCCAACAGUUGCACACAAAAAUGACCAACAAAUCUCUUCAUGUGAACAUUGACAAGUGGAUAUCUGAAAAUGAGAGUUCUUUCCUUCCGCCUGUGUGCAACAAAUUAAUGUUCUUUUAUCAGUUGAAUAUUAUGUUUGUUGGUGGUCCAAACAUAAGGAAGGAUUAUCACAUUGAGGAGGGUGAAGAGCUCUUUUAUCAAGUAAAAGGUGACAUGGUUCUCAAAAUCAUAGAGAAUGGCAAACACAGAGAUGUUCACAUCCGAGAGGGAGAGAUGUUCCUACUUCCAGCACGGAUUCCUCAUUCACCCCAGAGACAGGCACAUACUGUCGGGCUGGUUGUAGAGAGAAGACGACUUGACUCAGAAACCGAUGGGCUCAGGUACUACGUGGAUAAUACUACUGAUGUCUUAUUUGAGCGCUGGUUUUACUGUGAGAACCUUGGAACCCAGCUUGUUCCUGUCAUAAAAGAGUUUAUGGAUUCAAAACAGCAUAAAACAGGAAGACCUGACCCAGCUGAUCCGAUCAUGCCGGCCCCAUUCCCACUCAACACCAUGAACGUUAUGACACCUUUCUGCUUCAAAGAAUGGGUGGAGAAGCAGAAGCCUGCACUGGCCAGCGGUCGGCCGGUGGAUAUGUUUGGAGCGCAGUUUGAAACCGAGACGCUGCUCUUUGGUCCUGGGACUUGUGAAUCUUCAAAGAGACAUACUGAUGGCUGGAUCUGGCAGCUGGAGGGGUCAUCCAAAGUCUUCAUGAAUGGCAAAGACUAUAACCUGUCUGUAGGAGACUGUCUUCUUAUCUUUGGGGAAACAGAGUAUCAGUGGAAACGGUCUCAGGAUUGUGUUGCUUUAUAUGUUGCUCAAGACCCAGAAAGGAAGCAACCUUUUUAAGAUUUGUCAACACAAGAGAAAAUGUACAGUUCUUAUUGUAAACUCUUGCCCAAAAAAAACCCACAUUCACAUGUUUAUCAAUCACUUUUUAUUACAUUUAAACAUAAAGAGAAGUGUACAUACAGUAUGAAUUAAAUAAAAGAUUACACAAUG